ACAGUUAACUUAAAUAUACAAAUGUUCGCCAAAUAUCUCAGAUCUGCAAGAGGUUAAAUUCCUGACAGGAAGAAUCACUUGGACUAUACCAAAAUACUGACCAAAAGUGCAGAAUAUACCUUUGAAUGUUUUACUGUUAAUUAUGUUCUAGUUAAGAAAUAAAUAGUUCUAACAGAGCAGCUAACUUCUGUGGGAAAGAUCAUAGCCACACUCUAAACAGAAUCUUUACCAGACCACAAUCCUUAAUGGACUUUCCCUUACCCCCUGUCUAUAUCCUACCAUUUGGUCUGGUCCCUCCUCAGUGCUUUAGUUCCACAGAAGAGGUCCCCAGCAGACAGUGCCAAUCAAUAAAGCAUUGUAAAGUUAUGAUAUCUCUGCCUGUGUUCGAGUCCUUAUGCCUGUUGCAGUAACAACCCCUACACUGGUGGAGUGUGUGGAAUAGAGGGCCACGUGGGUCGGUGUGACAGAAAGAGAGGGUUACAUUUGGUGCCGUGACUCGGAUUACAUCGAUUUGCACCGGUGACCAGUGAGGAUUUUCAUAUUCGCCAGUGGUAACUGCAGCUGAUAAACAAAUAAGUGGACUUUGUUCAAAGGUUUGAGAGACUAUUUUACAAGGACUCUGUAAGUGGUAUAGAAAGACAAUAUGUCUGAGCGUCGCACAACACCUCCAGGGCACUUACAAUCAACCCCUGCACCACGGGGAAGAGGUAUUCAAUCACGUGACAAAAUAAGUAAUGUAAGUUUAAGUUUUGGCAUGUCAGCAAUUCAGCCUGAAAGUUCACUGACCAGGUCUGGUUCACCUGCACUAACUAGUCAUGGUGUAGCUGAACUGCAACAUCAGCACGCUGCACAGGAAGGAGGAAUAAUACAAGAUAGUGACCCUUAUUGCAGAGGUGCAGCUAGCUACAUGCAGGGUACAUCUGAAAACCCUCAGUUUUUGUCCGAUCUUAUAAAAGAAGUUGGACAACAGAUUAGCCACUCAAUUAUAACAGGGUUAGCAGCCCAAAACACCAGACUUGGUGACACUGCGCCAGUGAGUGACAAGCAAACUGAGGAGUGGGCUAAAUUAAAUUGGAUACUCAAUGCAAAAGUAAAGGAACCCCCUGUAUUUAGGGGAGAUGAAAAUGAUAAAUGUACUGUAUAUGAAUGGGAGGAAAUUAUGCAGUCUUACCUUACUAAAAAGGGUUACCAACUUGCUGAGCAUGGUAAAGAGAUUAUGGAUAGACUUAUGGGUCGUGCAAAAGAACUAGUGAAAAUUGGGGUCAGAAAUAACCCAUCUAUAGAUAUUAAACGUGACCCAAGAGCGAUUUACAGUAUCUUGAAGCAACAUUUUGGGGAAGCCAUAUCCUCCGCAACCCCAUUAGCAGACUUUUAUUCCACACUCCCAAAGCUUGGUGAGAGUAGUCUAGACUACUGGAUUCAUUUAAAUCAAGUCAUUGAUCUUGCCAAUGAGUGUUUAAAAAGGCAAGGGAAAUGUGUGGAAGACCCAGGUCACGAGGUGGCAAUGAUGUUUAUUAGACACUGCCCAGAGCCAGAUUUGCAGUGUGUAUUCAGGUGUAAACCCGCUGAAAAGUGGACUGUGGGUGAGGUUCAAGAAAUGAUGGAUAGUUAUCAUAGAGACAAGAGACUGAGGCCCGAAUGUAAGCCAGUCAAAACCAUAGCUAGCAAGAAGGGGGAGAUCUUAAAUGUAUCAACUGAUUCCCACUUUUCUGAACCUCCAGUAAAAGAGAACCUUCCAUCUUAUAUUAAAGAGGAAGAUAAUACAAAUGUUGAGAGAUUAAUUACAUUGCUAGAGAAGGUAAUCCCAGUUCAAGGGGCCUAUCAGCACCCGGUGCUGCCUGUAACAGCUGGGUUAACCCAUUCAAGGAGGCACAAUACUUGUGAUAUAUGCAAAGAUGGCAAACACUCUACAAAAGCACACUGUAUGAUGAACAAUUUAUGUUUCCUGUGCUGGCAAUCAGGUCAUAAGAGGCAGGAAUGUCCAAAAAGGAAACUGACACAUCAGUUAAACUAGAAAGCCUGCAUGUAGAGGGGUGUAGUGUGGGCACAAAUUCACAAACCCCAAUUUCCCAUGAUGUCCAUGACCUAGAGAAUUGCUAUAGGGAACAUGCUCAAUCCAUAACUGACAAGACAUUGGUAGUAUUUCAACGAACACAAAGGGUCGCACCAUAUGACAACUUGUUCUAUACUACUGUUGUUGUUCAAGAAAAAUGUGAACUAAAUGCUAUGAUUGAUAGUGGCUCAAUGGCCUGUACAAUCAGUGAACAAGUAGAGGAGAAAUUAGUGCAAGCUAAUUUACUAAAACAAUGUUCUGGUUCACCAAGUGGUAUUGUACUUGUAGGUUGUGGUGGCAACAGAGUAAACCCAAGAGCUCAGUACGAAAUACUGUUAGAAAUGUUUAACUGUAAAAUGAUUGUGCCAAUACUAGUGGUGCCAGGGCAAACUGAUGAUAUAAUUAUUGGUACAAAUGUUAUCAAACAUAUUAUCCAUCAGCUAAAAAAAGAUGACAAUUUUUGGAAAGUGCUAGCGGCUCCUGAAAAGCAUAGCGAUGAAGAUUCAAAUUCCUUUUUACACCUUUUAGCUAAUGUAAGCCGAUGGAAAGGUGACAUGAUCCCAGAGAAAGUAGGCACCGUAAAGCUUAAUACUUGUAUUGUCUUACAACCCCAUCAGGAACAUUUAGUAUGGGGUAAACUCCCAGAGAAGUGUAGCUUAUCAGUUGGGAGCACAGUUAUUAUAGAGCCUACUACUUCCAAGUCUUGCCCACGUAAUGUAUUGGUAGGGCGCUCAGUUACAUCAUUAUGGGGUGACAGAUGGAUUCCCAUGAAGGUGAUUAAUACAUCUGAUAAGCAAAUAACCAUUCGGAGAAAUGCAAAAAUUGCUGAUGUCCACCCUUGUAUUGCUUUAGAAGACUUUGAACUGGACUGUCAGGAAAAAGCAAAGCUGUUACAAUAUCACACAGUACAUGAAAAUACUUGCACUGGUAAUUCUAUGAA